AUGGCGGAAAGGUCCUGUGGCAUUGGAAUUGUGGCGGAGCCGUACAGGAUAUCAGAUAGAAACUGGGUCAAAAGUACAGACGGCUCCGCCGCAAUUGUAAGAAGGAAUGUGCGCGACUUCCCACCCCUAAAUCUGAUUGAAGCGGGAGGAGGAUUUGUUGUAGCUUCCUGGGGGUCUUUCGUAAUAAUAGGCAUAUAUCUCCCGCCGAGCUUGGAAAGGGGAGCGUUUGGCGGGAGACUUAAAACUCUGGAGCGGCAGAUCGCGAAGCACCACUCCCGUCCGAUGAUAAUAGCGGGGAACUUCAAUGCCAAAUCAACGGCAUGGGGUUCCCCGCACACCGACUGGCGGGGGGGCGAAGUAAGCGAUUGGGCGGCGCAGUGCGACGUUAUACUCUUAAAUGAAAGACGCGAAAACACGUGCGUGCGUUGGCAGGGCGGGUCGAUCGUAGACCUUACAUGGAUGACCCGCUCUGCAAUUAGGAUGGCACAGAGUUGGAGGGUGGCGAUGGAGAUAGAAACAUUAUCGGACCAUAGGUACAUAGAAAUCUCUGUCGCCACCACAACAAAGGAAGUCGCGGAGCGCCGUCGGAAGAUAGAAGCCAGCUUCAGAAGAUGGGCCCUCAGGAAGCUCGACAAGGAUAUGUUCAUGGCAGCUAUUAACGCUGCACUAUUAAUAAAGGAGGGGGAAACCGGGGACUUGGAAACACAUAGGGCAUGGCUGGACAAUACAAUGCAGCAAGCUUGCGAGGCCGCCAUGCCCAGAGUUAAGACCCGGUCUCCAAAGCAUGCAUACUGGUGGUCGGAGGACAUUGUUGAAUUGCGGCAGUCCUCCGACCGGGCCAGGAGAAACAUCAGAAAAAGGCAGAGGUACGCGCUAUCGGACCCCGAAGGAUUAGAGGACGCGUGGGACGCAUACCGAAACGCAAGAGAUGUCCUGCGUGCCUCCAUCCGCAAAGCAAAGGCGAAGGCCUGGGAGGAGUUAAUCUCCUCCCUGGAUGAGGACCCGUGGGGCCGUCCCUACAAAUAG